GUCCACACAAUCGGCGGUUAUCUCCUCUACUCUUACCUAACAUUCAAAACAGUAUUCAAUUACACCGACGGAGACGUGUUUUUCUCGACCGCAGACUUGGGAUGGAUUACUGGCCACACGUUCAGCGUUUACGGAGCGCUGGCCAACGGGUGUUCAAUAGUGUUGUUUGAAGGCAUACCCACUCACCCAAACCCGGGCCAUCUCUGGGCUAUUAUAGACAAAUGGAGAGUCAAUAUCUUCAACACUGCGCCCACUCUUAUCCGGUCGCUCAUGAAGUUUGGCGACCAAUACGUCAAACAACACAACAGAAACACAUUGAAAGUGUUGGGAACGGCCGGCGAACCCAUCAAUCCAGAGGCCUGGCUCUGGUUUUGGGAUGUGGUCGGCGAUCGUCGGUGUCCUAUAGUCGACAACUACUGGCAAACAGAGACUAGCGGACCAAUGAUCUCAUCAAUACCCGGUGCCACACCUAUGAAGCCCGGAUCGGCUACCCUUCCCUUCUUUGGUGUUAUACCGGCGAUACUGGACUCCGAGGGCAGAGAACUGGAGGGCCCGGCUGUGGGACAGUUGGUGUUUAAGAAGCCGUGGCCGGGUAUCGCCCGUACCAUUGAUGGCAAACACGAUAGGUAUCAAAAUGUAUACUUUGAGAAGUUUAUGGGCUAUUACUGUACGGGCGAUGGCGUCCAACGGGACGCCGACGGCUACUAUUGGAUGACCGGUCGUAAUGACGACACUCUCAACGUUUCCGGACAUCUAUUGUCUACCGUAGAGGUGGAGACGGCUAUCGUCGAGCACCGGGCGGUGGCAGAAGCGGCCGCAGUGUCGGCCCCGCACGCCAUCAAAGGCGAGAGUAUUCACGUGUUUGUUGUGUUGAAUAAUGGCUUUAAAUUUACGGCUGAAAUGGAGAUCGAUAUCAGACGCAGAGCUCGUGUUAAAAUCGGAGCCCUCGCAGAGCCGGAUGUGAUCCGCGCUGUGAGUGGACUCCCGAAGACUAAAUCGGGUAAAAUUAUGCGAAGGAUAUUGACUAAAGUGGUCCGAAAUGACCGCGAUUUGGGCGACACGUCCACAAUGGCUGACCAGUCAGUACUCCAGGAAUUGUUCACCACAUGUGCCUGCGAUUGCUUGUCAGCCAUU